AUGGAGGAUCACGGCGCCGUCGUUAAGAUUCUCUCAUCCGCCAUCGCCGGGGCCACUGUCUCUCUCGCCGCCACCCGUGGCCUGAGCCGACCGGGGAUCGACGAUGACACCCUCGAAGACCAGCUCGCGGGCCUCCAGACAGCCAUCUACCUGACGGAGAUCUUCCAUGUCCUGACCCUCGGGCUGGGAAAGCUCUCCUUCGUCGCUCUUUUUUACAUGGUUCUGUCCGGAAGCGCGCCGACGACUUUCACCCGCGCCAUCGUCGCCGUCGGGACGUUUCUCAUCCUCUGGACCUUCACCAUGGUCCUCGCGGUCGCCUUCCAGUGCCGUCCGCCUGAGGUUUGGAACCUGAUGUCUGGGGCAUGCUUGGACGCGACAGCUCUAUGGACCUACUACGGCGCCGUGAACAUCAUCAUCGAGACCAUAUUAUUUGCUAUCCCGAGCAUCCUCAUCUACCGACUUCGCAUGCGUCUGCGCAAACGGCUGGUGGUGAUCGGAUGCUUGAGCGUUCGGACUUUGUACGUCUCCCCUCUUCUCCUCUAUCCCUGCCCUCCCGCGUAUGAUAGACCAGACAUCCUCGUCUCCGCCGCCCAACUCCACUACGUCCACGGCUUCGACCCCAGCCCCUCCCUUCCCGUGGCCCUCUACCCGUGGAUGCUCUGCGGCCAGGUCCUGCAGACCGUCACGAUUGUGGCAGCGUGCGUGCCCUAUCUUCGCGAGUUCCUGGAGUCCUUCCCGAGCGGCAUGCUGAAGCCGGCUGGGGUGGAGCGCACGACGGGGCUGCGGUACGGGUCGGGGACUACGCGGCUUCUGGAUAGUGAUUCGGGGGCGCCGCCUUAG